AUGGCCUCAGUAAAAGUUGCCGUAAGGGUUCGCCCAUUCAAUCAAAGAGAGAAAGACAUGAACGCAAAACUAAUAGUUCAAAUGGACGGCAAAAAAACUCGGCUACUAACUGUCAAAAAUAGCAAAGAACAGAACGAUGGGAACCGAGAGAAGUACAAAGACUUCACAUUUGACCAUUCCUACUGGUCGUAUGAUAGUGGCGACAGUAAUUUUGCAACCCAGGAACAGGUGUUCUCAGAUUUGGGACUGGAUGUGAUUGAUAGCGCGUUCGAGGGUUACAAUGCGUGCGUGUUUGCGUAUGGCCAGACGGGGAGUGGAAAAACAUUUACCAUGAUGGGUUCUCCGGAUUCUCAAGGGUUAAUACCCCGGAUAUGCCGUCAACUAUUCUCCCGAGUAGCCGCAGGCAAAGAAUCCGGGGCAUCGUAUCGUACUGAAGUCAGUUACCUCGAGAUAUACAAUGAAAGGGUGAAAGAUCUGCUAUCGACUGAUGCGGGACAUUCCCUGAGGGUCCGCGAGCAUCCCAAAUUGGGGCCAUAUGUCCAGGAUCUGUCCAAGCAUUUGGUAUCUGAUUAUGAUGACAUACAGGAAUGUAUGCACCGAGGUAAUCUACACCGCACAACAGCGUCAACACAGAUGAACGACGUGUCGUCUCGCUCGCACGCCAUAUUCACUAUUACUUUCGUACAAGCGAGUUAUCUGCGUCACAAUAAUAUGCCGAGCGAGACGGUGUCUAAGGUUCAUCUGGUUGAUUUAGCGGGGAGUGAAAGAGCAGACGCGACAGGAGCAACUGGUCAACGUUUGGUCGAAGGAGCGCACAUCAAUAAAUCUCUGGUUACUCUUGGCUCGGUGAUCUCGGCUCUCGCUGAAUCUAGUCAGCCAGUUGAUGUUCGUUCACCGAAAAACAAGAAAGUAUUCAUACCGUACCGUGACUCCGUCCUCACUUGGCUUCUCAAAGACUCACUCGGUGGAAAUUCAAAGACAAUUAUGAUCGCUGCUAUAUCUCCAGCGGAUUGCAAUUACGGCGAGACACUAUCCACACUGCGGUACGCAAAUCGAGCGAAGAACAUAAUUAACAAACCGACAAUCAAUGAAGAUGCCAACGUCAAACUUAUUAGAGAGCUUAGAGAAGAGAUCGAGAAGUUACGCGCACAGAUAUCGCACAAUACGGUACCUGUAGAAACAGAAGCUGGGGUGCUUGCAACAUUACAGCGCAAGGAAGCACAAGAGAAGGUGCUAACUGAAAAAUGGACGGAAAAGUGGCGUGAAACUCAGCAAAUACUACACGAACAGAAAGCACUGGGACUGCGCAAGAGUGGUCUUGGGGUGGUCCUUGAUUCUGAUAUGCCACAUUUGGUGGGCAUUGAUGACAAUCUACUGUCGACAGGUGUUACUUUGUAUCAUCUAAAGGAGGGUGAAACAGUGAUAGGAAGCGAAGAAUAUAGCCCCACACCAGAUAUAGUUCUAAGCGGUGCCGGGGUACUACCACUACAUUGUAAAGUAACACUGCACGAAGGUGUUGCCACCAUCGAUCCGGCAUCCGGCGCACAAUGCUGGCUCAACACGGUGUUGCUAGAUAAACCUGCGAAACUUAGCCAAGGUUGCAUCUUAUUACUCGGGCGCACAAACAUGUUCCGAUACAACGAUCCGGCCGAAGCGGCCAAGCUUCGCCAGGAGGGCAGCGCGUCUAUGAUGAAUCUAUCGCGUUUGUCCCUUCUCUCCUGGUCCACCACCGACCUGGCAGCCAGUACAGAGAAUCUCAAUAAUACAUUAUCAGAUUUGGAGAGUGAAAUUCGUUGUGAGAGGAUAUCAGCCCAACGCGCGGAGUUGGAGCGAGAGAGACAGCAAUUCGUGCUACAGCAACAGGAGAGACAAAGACGAUGGCACGCUGAGCGAGAAGAACUGCUCAAAGCACAGAAACAACUUGAUGAGGAACGUUCGGCAAUGGAACGUGAAUACGCAGCUGCUUGCCGGCGUUUAUCGGGCGAUUGGCGAGCGCUAGAACGGGGAUGGACUCUGCGCAGGCGCGCUUUACGCUGUAGACAGAGGGAGCUCAACGCCCGCGUACACAGACACGCAGCCGCUGGUCGAGCGGCGCGUGCGCAAAUUGAGAAGGAGGAGAUAAUCAUCACGGAAUUGGAAGGACGUCUUGGGGAAAAGAGGAGGGAAAUCGAGAGUUUUGUAUCAAGCAACAUCAAGGAUCUGGUUUCGCAGGGCUGCUUAAUAGACGAGAGUCUAUCUCCAAGCCCUGAAAGUCCAGCAUCAGAAACGUCCACGGAAUGUCUGAUGCACCUUCUGCAGCAGUGCGAGCCCAAGACCGCUAACAAUAUAAAAGAAACGGUCGAAAGACAUAAAAAGGAAUUAGAAACUCUAGAGCAAGAGUUGCAAGGAAGGGUCGCCUCCGUGGCCGCACAGAGAGUCAAGGUGGAGCGGUUACAAGCAGAACUGGCGCUUUUAGCGGCGCGGGAACGGGGUCUGACUAGGGCCCUUGCUGAACCUGAUGGCGACAGCGAUACAUCACCUGUGGAGGGGGUGAAGCGAUGCAAGUCCGAGCUCGUAUUGCGGACGAGGGACGAUGACCCACCCGAACCGCUGUCUGCUGAUGAAAGAGAGCAUUAUAGGACUAGACGUCUGAGUUUGAGCCUCAGUCUGGAUCCGCUUCCAUCCCCAUCUAUAAAUUCACCGGAUACUUUCCACACAGCUUCCUCCUCGCCUAAAGCUAUACCCUCUGAGUCCACACUCCCUAGUCCUUCCACCACGGAAGCGUCCGCGCUUCCCAGCGAAAGCGAGCCUUUACCAAAGUUCAAACUUGGACCCACCGCUGAUGACAGUGACGAUAUGUCGAGCACAGAAGAUUAUCACAAGCCAAGUCGGAUAGUAGAAGGCCAGUCAUCAAGCUCAGUCGAGCGGUCACCUGAAGAAAGACACCAGAGGUCCAAAUAUAGGAGAAGAAUAGGUGAGCGUCGUGGACGUCAAGUGACGGAAGCGGAAGCAUUGCGCGCGAUGCAGAGGUUAUGUUCGCGCAUAGCUUCUCAAAAGUUGUUAGUUAUAUCGUCUUUGGAGAACGACUGCUCGAAGGAGGAACUUAAUGGACAAAUACAGGUGUUACAAGAGCUUCAAAAGAAAUAUGUCCGCCUAGAGAUGGCAUUGCAAUAUUCAUUCUUCGACAAUCAAAACAAGAGAACGAUAAUGGUGACGCCCAUACAAGAGACGCCUUCACUCACUCUCAGCGAGAGCGAUAUGCAUAUCACGACGGAAACGGAGACUACAGACAACAAUAACGGUUAUAUUCAGGAUCCCUUGAUGCAUAGGCUAAAGGAGCACGACACUAUUGAAGCGUCAGACAACGUGUCAACAUCCAACGACGAACUGAGUUCGGAACAGGCCUGGCCCGAUCCACUUAGAGCUCUAGCCUCCCCAGAAACCGGCAGUGAUCACGAAUUAGAUAAUGACCAUGAUUGUGAUCUUGACACUGUCAGACCGCUUGUGAUACCGGAUUACACGUUAGAAGGGCUCAAUCAUCCUAUUGAUUUCGCGGAAGUGAUCAGUGUCCCGGGUUGGGUGACUCGCGGCGCGGGCGCAGGCACGCAUCACGAGUACGAAGUGCGCAUCCGUCUUGGUCCUAACUGCGCCUGGCAGUUGCUGCGACGCUAUAGACGCUUUCGGGACCUCUACCUGUUUACGAGGAAACAGUAUGGCGAAAAGGUUGCUGCUAUACCAUUUCCAGGACGUGCUCUCUGGUCGUCAGAAAACUUGGCGCGGUCUCGCAGACCUCAGUUGGAGGUCUUUUUACGUCGUCUUUUGACAGUGUGCUCAAUGGAUCGUCGCUGUCCAUUAUACACAUCGCCGCUUACCAGGGAUAAACUUGUGGCCUUUUCGCCCUUCUUCAGGAAGGGUGUCUUCGAAAGUGGCAAGUGUGGCACGGGAUGA